AUGAAUGCAAGCCACUCCAUGCAAGGGCCGCAAGCCCCAAGGGGAGUUCAAGAAGAUGCCAUAGUCCUUCAAUUCGAUCGUCUCUUAGACGGACAGGGAAAGCCUCGUCUACGCUGGACAAAAGAGCUGCAUGAUCGAUUUCUUGAGGUGGUAUUUGAACUGGGUGUGAAGGCUAAAGACGUACUAAAGAAGAUGAAUGUGGAGGGGCUGACAAUCGACCAUAUCAGGAGUCACCUCCAGAGAUGUCGAGAGCGCACCAAAAAAUCAAAGUCUCAAGGUAACCAGAAGAGCGUUAAUAGCCACUCUCAACUCUCAGGGGAAGGAUCCUCAGCAUCCAGGUCAAGAUCAACUGCUCCUGUAAACGGGAAUGGUUUGGAGACCUCUCAAGCUCAAGUUGUAGGGUAUGGAAAUUUUCCACAGAGUUUUGAGGCUCCAAAUUACCAUCAGAAUCUUGUGUCUGCACAAAUGGGAGACGAUGGAGAUGACUCCGUACUGGUUCCAAAUUACUUUUUGGAACGCCUAGGAUACAAUGGAAGCAAUGCAAAUAGUUCAAACUUUGGCUUUUGA